AUGACAGUGCAGGUAUGGUUAGAAUUGCUUUCAACACAUUGCACAAAUUUUCGAGAAGCUAAUGCUGGUGGUGAAUCCUCUAAGGAACGAUAUCGCAAUCCACAGAUUACGGCAUGGCUGGCUUCUCAAGUUGAUGAUAAGGGUACCGCGUUGGGAAAUAUUGUUUUACCAUGCAAUGGUGCCAUAGGAUUGAGCCAACCUUGCUUUCUUCUUUCGACUGCUGCGUGUGCUGGAGACUUUCCUUCUAGCUUUUUAAGCAGAGAAUUUCCAGAAGGGCUAACCAGUUUUAAUAUGAUGGAUGAUGGUUUCCCUGAUGAAACACACCCCAGUUUUUCAGAUAAUUCAUCAUAUUUGUCUUCUGCUGCGUACUUGUACAACUCAUCAUCCAUCAUCUUAUCUGACUCAUCAUCUGCUCUGCAAGCUGAUGCAGAAGUGCAGGGGCUCGCCAUCAUGGAGCCUAAGGAGGCCAACCGUCAUCUACUGAGUGAGCCAUCAUCUCUUGGUCGAAAGGGUAACGCUGGUGCUAAUGAUCCCGGGGGUACCCUUGCUUCAGAGAAGGACAACGCUGACACGGAAACUAAAAAUGGCAGCGACAAUUCUAAUGUUGUUGAUGAUGAAACAAACCAAAGCCAUGGCACCAACGGAGGUCAAUCAUCCACCAUAGCACAUCACCAUUAUCCAGGACGUCACUAUUAUCCGGAUGGCGCUUGA